AUAUCGAUCAUCAUUAGCUCCCUAACAUUUAACGUUAAUUUCUAGCAGAUUAACAUGGGUGUUCUUGCAGUAAUUGCAAAACGUUUGGAUGCUCUAUUUGGACCUGGAGUGAUGCUUUUAUAUCCUCUAUAUGCUUCCAUGCGAGCAAUAGAGAGUCCUUCAACAUUAGACGACCAGCAGUGGUUAACUUACUGGAUUAUCUACUCCUUCAUCACCUUAUUCGAGCUAUCAUUUUGGAAAGUCCUGAACUGGGUUCCAUUUUGGACAUACAUGAAGCUGGUAUUCUGCAUGUGGCUGGUGCUUCCAUAUUUCAGUGGAGCAGCUUAUAUAUAUGAAAAUUACGUGAGAAAAUAUGUAAAGAUAAGCACUGGGUAUGUGGGUUCAAAGUAUAGUCAGGAUCAGAAAAAGGUUCUGCAGAUGCUCAGUCUCGACGGAAGAAAAUCCGUCCAGCAAUUUGUCGAUAAACAUGGAUGGGAUGCUCUUGAACGCGCAGUCAAAGCCGCUGAAAAAGAAGUAAAGAAGCACUAGCAAGGAUUAAUUUUCACCCAGAGACACCAUGGCAUGCAUAUUAUACACCUAGAAGCUACAAGGAUAUGCUGAUACAUAUUUACGUAUAUCUACCCAGUAAAGUCUUGAAAUUUAACUGUGCAUUUGUUACGUUAUUAGUUAAAAACAUGCUGUUAAUCCAUCAUUGAUCUGUAAAUAAACGCAGAUAAGAUUGAUUCUGUUUUAUGUGUUAUAUAGCAAAAAUAUUUUUAACAACAAGAAUAUCAUGAAGAAAGAACCUAAUUACCUC